CUUAUAAUUUUCUCCAAUUUUUCACAAUCAACUCAACUCAACUCAUCACAAUCAAUCUCAUAAUUUCGAUGUGCAGAUCAACCGAUUAUCGUAUUUUUGCCGCUGAUCGUCUCAAGAUCAAGGCAUUCUUCGUUCGUUUUUCUCAUCUCCAACUCUUGGACCCUCCACCGGAGUCGCUUACUCUCUUUUACCUCCCUCGCAUUGACGAAACCGACCUUGAGAUUGACGGCCUCAAGAUUCGUCCCGACUCACCGGCGUUUGUCACUCUUCAUCGAGUCGUUUCCCCCUCGUCCAGGAUGAAGAAGGGUGUGGAGUUUGGGAGUAGAGAGCGAGUUCGAGCGAGCGAAGGCGUGCAGUUUCAGGUGUAUUUGAGGGAGGAGAAGGUUGUGCAGGGGAUUUUUAGGAAGAACGACGACGGAGAUUGGAGAUUGGAGUGUAGAUGCGCUCUUGAAUCUGAGAUUGAUGAAGCGGCUGCCGCCGCGGCGGCGGAGGUUUGCGUGGAUGUGGAGGGACAGGGGGCGAUGUGUGAGAAGGUGGUUUUGGAAGUGAGAAGGAAGAAGAAGAGAGGGUUUUGUGCAUUGAUGGAGAUACCGGAGGGAAGAGAAGUGGACGGUUAUUGCGAGGGGUGUGAUUGUUGUUGUGGAGACGAUGGAAGUUCGUCGGAAGAUGAUGGCGGUGAUGAUGAUAGUGAAGACGGGGGAGGAACGGAGGUGGAGAUGGAGGUGGAAGGAGUCCGAUGGGCCGUAGAUUUGGGGAUUUGGGCCGUAUGUUUGGGCGUUGGGUACUUGGUAUCGAGGGUGGCCCAUUCCAAAACAUUGAGGCGUAAACGGAUUUUCUGAAAGCAUUGUGAAUACUAUACAUCUUUUUUUUGCUUGAGAAUGUUCACAAAUGAAAUUUUGUUAUACUUUGUAUAUGAACAUUUUUUAUAAAUCUUACUAAUGAAAGGAAAAUUUUAUAUUGA